UAUCAAAGGCCUAUCGCUAUUUCCCAGCCUAACGCCAGCCAAGCGCGGAAAUGUCAAUUUCACAAAUUCGUUUAAAUAGCCAACAAUAAAACGGGCUGCAUAUUUGCAUUAGAUCCAAUCAAACGGCAAAUUAAAUGUUACGAAUGGCAAUUAAUUAAGCAUUGUUGUGUCAGCAGCAGCAAGGAAGAGCAGAGCAUUCCAAAAGUGCGCAGUAAAAAUCAAUAACUGUAAGUGGCACAUAGAACACGCACACACAUGUAAAACGCGCAGCCUGUGAGCAACAAGCACCCCCACACACACACAGACGCACACAAUGUCCGACGAAGAAGAAGAAUCGCUGUCCGAGGGCUUUUCCGCCAGCGAAGAGGAUGAAUGGAAACCAGGCAAAGAUGCGCGCGGCGGCGAAUCCUCCGAUGACGAUGACAGCGAAUUUGAGGCGACACUCGGCGGCGCGGCAGCUGCUGCAGCCAGCGCCAGUGGCCGCUCCUCCGCGUGCGCAGCCAAGAAGAGGGAACAAAAGCCGCCUAGCGGCAUUAAGGGCGCCUCUGUGAAGAAACGCAAGCCGAGCGGGCAAUCGCUGCGCUCCAAGCUCUACAACAAAUAUCGUCCGCCGCCCAAAACAUUUCCCACAUCGCCCACACAGAACUCGCCGACGGCAUCGGGUUCUGCCAGCCGCUUGACGACGACGGCCUCAAAAAACGCCAAAACGCCCAAUGAAAGCAACAACGCCGCAGACUCCAGCAGCGAAUCGAGUGUCGAUGAUUAUCUGGUCAAUCCCGCUGAUAUUGAUCUGCGCUCCAGUUUCUUUACGGCCAGCAAAGAAAAAUCGCCAGCGCCCCAGUUCGAUUGCAAUGCGGGCAUCACAAAUCUCUCAAAUUCUGGCUCCGGCUCCGAGGAUAACAACGACAGCAGCUACGAGGAUAAUAAAGCCUUUGAUUUUCGUGACCUGCUCGAGAAUGCCAAUAGCCUGGAACGCACACGGGCCGCGCUGCUCACCAAGCGCAAUGCCACAGCGACGCCCCCGUUGCUGCCAGGCAGCCAGGGCAACGCUGGGCAAGCGAUGGAUGUCAACGCACUGCUUGCAUUGGGCGAGAACCAAAACGAGAACAAACCGCGCGAACGUCGACGUUCCGGCGGAGCAGCACAGCCGCCGCCGCCUUUGGAUGCACCGUCGCGUCUCAGCAAAACCAAGUCGACGCGCAUUAAGCGGCACACCAAAACGCGUCCGGCGUCCACUGUGCUGGCUGCUGGCGGCGACUCCGAUGACUCCGACUUUGAGGAAGUUGCAGACGACCAGGAGGAGGACGAUGCCGACGCCGCCACGCCCAAUGUCUCCGGCGAUCUGGAGAUUCAUGUGGGCCUGCCCGGCCGCACUCUGACCAAGGAGCAGAAAACGCAGCAUGAACUGGAGCUGGCGCUGAAGCGUCGCAUGAAUCGCGACAUCAAGGAUCGCCAGCUGCUGAUGCACAAGGUCAGCCUGUUGUGCCUCAUUGCGCGCAGUCUAAAGUACAAUCGCCUGCUGGCGGAUACGAGCCUGAUGCAGGCGGCGCUGAAGCUGCUGCCCAGCCGGAAUGCCUAUCCGACGGAAAAGGGCGUUGAGCUCAAGUAUCUGCAAUCCUUUGUCACCUGGUUCAAAACGGCCAUCAAGCUGCUGAGUCAGGAUUUGUAUGCCGCCAACGCGACGGCGGCUGGUUCAAGGCGCGCCAUCAUCGAGCAGCUGCUGGCGCAGAUCAAGCGCAAGGAGGCGCGCUGCAAGCAGGACAUGAUCUUCAUAUUCAUUAUACUGGCACGCGGCAUGGGCAUGAAUUGUCGCCUGAUUGUCAAUCUGCAGCCGAUGGCGCUGCGGCCGCAGGCCAGCGAUUUGAUACCCAUUAAAUUGAAGCAGGAGCAGGAGAAGAACAAAAGUGCAACUAUUAAAAGCGAAGCUGAAGAGGACGAGGAGGAGGAACACUCGGACAGCAAGGCAAAGGCGCACAAAAGCAGCUCAAAAGCGGCCAAAACAGCCAACAAAGAUUCCAGCAGCAAGAGCAGCUCCGCAGCUGCAGCUAAAGCGGAAGCGAAGCCCAGCUCCAGUGUGCCCAAAAGAGACGCCAGCUCUAAAUCGAUGACCAAGUCCAGCGCCAAGUCUAAUUCCAAAACAGUUUCUACAACCAAAGCAGAGACAAAGUCCAGCUCCAAGAAGCCAAGUGAAGCGUCCAAGUCCAAAGCCGCCGCUCCCAAGCAUUCCGAUAGCAGCUCGGACGGCAACCCGGCGAAGGACAAGCCGCAGAUCGGGCGACUCAAACGCGCGCCCCAGUUGCCCGCUGCUGAUGCGGCCAAGAAACCAAAACUGGAGCCGGUGAAGCCGGAAUUUACGCCCGUGGCGCGACGCACGCGCAAAGCAUCUGCCGAUACGGAAAGGGCGACAGUCGCAUCAUAUCCGGCAGCCAAAAUAGGCUCACCCGUCAUACCCAAGCUGGUGGUGCCAAAAACUGCCAUGCAUAGCGACGCGGAGAAUGCCAAUCCCGGCCGGAAUCAGCAGCGUGCGGCACGCUCACGCAGCAAGUCGCCCAAGGUGCACAUUUCGCCGGUGUUCCUGAAGGGCGACCAGAAUGCGCCUGUGGCAGUUACCACAGCGAAAAGCGCAGCGCCGUGUCGCAGUCAGGAUGCCAAGGCCAAAAUAUCGCCGACGUUUUUGACCAAAGCCGAAGCUGACGAACCCAAACGGGAGCUGCGAACGCGCCAGCAAAAGGCCAAAGCGCUGGCCAUACCCCAGCUGGAUGGCGGCGAUGAUGGCCUGCCCCUGCCGAAGAAGCGACCCAAGCUCGAGAAGCUGCAGAAGUCGCAGAGUCAGGGCAGCGAAUCCGCGUCCGACUCCACGCCGAGCCAUAGGUCCAUAAAGAAGGCGCCUGUGCUGCCCAAGGCAGUGCAGCAGCUGCGCAAGGAUCGUCGCGUGCUCUCCACCGAUGAUGAAAGUGUCAAGGACAAGCGCAAAACAACUGCCUCCGAUAUGUGGGUGGAGGUGUGGUCCGAGCUGGAGGAGCAGUGGAUAUGCAUUGAUCUGUUCAGGGGCAAGAUUCACGAUGUGGAUGCCAUACGGCGAAACGCCUCCUCGAAUCUGGCCUAUGUCUUCGCAUUCCAAGACGAUCUCAGUCUCAAGGAUGUGACGGCCCGCUACUGCGCCAGCUGGACGACGACGGUGCGAAAGUCGCGCGUGGAGAAGGCCUGGCUGGAUGAGACACUGGCGCCCUAUUUGGGCAGGCGGACCAAGCGCGACAUACGCGAAGAUGAGCAGCUGCGUCGCAUACACUCCGACAAGCCGCUGCCCAAAUCCAUAUCCGAGUUCAAGGAUCAUCCGUUGUACGCGCUGGAGCGUCAUCUGCUCAAAUUCCAGGGCAUCUAUCCGGCAGAUGCGCCCACCCUCGGCUUUAUACGUGGCGAGCCGGUCUACUCGCGCGACUGUGUCCAUCUGCUGCACUCCCGCGAAAUCUGGCUGAAGAGCGCGCGUGUCGUGAAGCUGGGCGAGCAGCCCUACAAGAUUGUCAAGGCGCGGCCCAAGUGGGACAGGCUGACGCGCACUGUCAUCAAGGAUCAGCCGCUGGAGAUCUUUGGCUAUUGGCAAACGCAGGAGUACGAGCCGCCCACCGCCGAGAACGGGCUGGUGCCGCGCAACGCGUACGGCAAUGUCGAGCUCUUCAAAGCCUGCAUGCUGCCCAAGAAAACAGUCCAUCUCAGACUGCCCGGCCUGAUGCGCGUCUGCAAGAAGCUGAACAUCGAUUGCGCCAAUGCGGUAAUUGGCUUUGAUUUCCAUCAGGGCGCCUGUCAUCCCAUGUACGAUGGCUUUGUCGUUUGCGAGGAGUUUGGUGAGCUGGUCACCGCCGCCUGGGAGCAGGAUCAGCAGGAGCAGUCGCGCAAGGAGCACGAGAAAUACGAGGCGCGCGUCUACGGCAACUGGAAGAAGCUCAUCAAGGGCCUGCUCAUACGCGAGCGUCUCAAGCGAAAAUAUAAUUUCUAAUUUGAAUUCCUUAUCCUUUUUUUUUGCUCUGUUUAACGUUCAAAUUGAAUUGCGUAUUAUAACUAUUUUUGUACGAAUUAAUUGCCUCAAUAAAUUUUCACAAUUUAUGAUAUACUAAGAUAAUAAA